AAAAAUUUGGUCCCUUUGCAGGGGAGAAGCGAAUGCCACAGGAGCUGGAUGAGGACACAGAUUGCAGGCUCAUGUGGGAAGUUCGUGGGAGUAAAGGUGAGGUCCUUUACAUCCUGGAUGCAAGUAAUCCACGCCAUUCCAAUUGGCUGCGUUUUGUCCAUGAGGCUCCAUCACAGGAACAGAAGAAUCUGGCAGCCAUCCAGGAAGGAGAAAAUAUUUUCUAUCUGGCUGUGGAAGAUAUUGAAACAGACACAGAACUUCUGAUCGGGUACUUGGACAGUGACAUGGAAGAAGAGGAGGAGGAGGAGGAGGAAGAAGUAACUGUUAUCCAGGAAGAUGAAGACAGUGGCAACAAUAAAGAUGUGCAACCAGUGGGUGAAAAAACUACAGAUCCCCUCACAUGUAAACAGGACCAUGCGUGCCCAAACUGUGAAUCCAGUUUUGCCAGCCAGGAGAUUCUAGCUGAACAUCUUCAGACUCUGCACCAAAAACCCAGCGAGGAAAAGGAAUUUAAGUGCCGAAACUGUGGAAAGAAAUUCCCUGUUAAACAAGCUCUACAAAGACAUGUACUUCAGUGUACAGAAAAUAUCAGCCCAGGAGACUCUUCAAGAAGUUUUCAGUGCUCUGUUUGCAGUACUUCCUUCAGCUCAGAAUCGAGUUAUGAACAGCACAAGGAGGCAUGCAGAGGGGAUGCAAGAUUCAUAUGCAAGGCAGAUAGCUGUGGGAAGAGGUUCAAGAGUAAGGAUGCCCUGAAAAAACAUAAAGAAAAUGUUCACAGUGGAAAUUCUAGGAAGAAGCUGAUGUGUUCAGUGUGCAGUAAGAAAUGUUCCUCGGCAACAAAUCUCCAAGAGCAUCGAAAGGUCCAUGAGAUCUUUGAGUGUCAGGAAUGUGACAAGAAAUUUAUUUCAGCUAACCAGCUAAAACGCCAUAUGAUCACUCAUUCAGAACAGGUACAGCACAGACAGCAGCACUGCGAGCUUCCCCACAGUGUCUCAUCAAUAUGUCUCAACCCUGUUCUGGAGGAGCCACCUGUUGAGACCCAUUCUGAAGAGAGACCAUUCCAGUGUGAGGAAUGCAAAGCUUUGUUCCGAACCCCAUUCUCUCUACAAAGACAUCUGUUAAUCCAUAACAGUGAGAGGACCUUCAAGUGCGAUCACUGUGAUGCUACUUUCAAAAGAAAGGACACAUUGAAUGUUCAUAUUCAAGUUGUACAUGAUGGGCAUAAGAAAUACAAGUGUGAUCUCUGUGACAAAGCUUUUGUGACACCUUCAGUCCUGAAGAGUCAUAAAAAAACUCACACAGGAGAAAAAGAGAAGAUUUGCCCGUAUUGUGGACAGAAGUUUGCAAGCAAUGGAACACUGAGAGUUCAUAUUCGAAGCCAUACAGGUGAGCGGCCAUACCAGUGUCCUUACUGUGACAAAGCUUUCAGCAAGAAUGAUGGGUUGAAGAUGCAUAUUCGCACCCACACAAGGGAAAAGCCGUACCAGUGUUCAGAGUGUAACAAGGCUUUCAGUCAGAAGCGAGGCCUAGAUGAGCACAUGAGAACCCACACCGGAGAGAAGCCCUUCCAGUGUGAUGUUUGUGAUCUGUCCUUCAGCCUGAAGAAGAUGUUGAUCCGACAUAAGCUGACUCACAACCCCAAUCGACCCAUGGCAGAGUGCCAGCUUUGCCACAAGAAGUUUACAAGAAAUGACUACCUCAAAGUGCACAUGGAGAAUGUCCAUGGGGAAACGGACAGCUAAUUAUGGCAUGUGUGAGAAGAAGGAUCUUGCUUUCCAAAGUGCUUCAUUUGUAUGUGUACAGACUCCAGACUUCUCACCUGUCUAAUAAGCAUAAUCAGGAGAAACAACUGUAAUGUGUUCAUGUGUUAUUUUCCCCACUUUUUAAAAUAUUCCAGUAGGAUAAAAUCUAAAGA